AGCAGAAGUGACUUAAUACGGAAAUCGAAAGCGGAAGAAAGCACAAUGUUCAAAAUUAAUAUUGUUUUGUGUGCGGUGCUGAGUGUCGUUUCGCCUGCUUUUGGGAGUUUCUUUCAUGGACCUCAGCAAGUUCAGGUUCCCGUGGGAGUUCCGGUUCCUGUGCCCGUUCCCGUGCCCUCGCCAGUGGCAGUUCCGACUCCUGUGGCCGUGCCCACACCCGUGGCUGUUCCCGCUCCCGUGGCUGUUCCUGUUUCGGAUACCAUAACCGUUCCCGCUGCCUUCAGUGCUCCUCCAUCAGCAAUAGCCUAUGCCGCUCCAGUCCACCAUGCUCCUCCGGCCAUAUUCAAGUAUGCCACAGCCUAUGCGGCGCCCCCACCCCCGCCAGUCAUCAGGUACUCCCUGGGAGCGCCUGUAACGACCACAACCACCACUUACACUGGCUUCGCUGCACCACCAGUGCCCCAUUUGGCGGCACCGCAACCACAGUUCAUCAGUAACUUUGCCGCCCCACCUGCUGCCUUCCGGUUUUCAGCUUCGCCCUCCUAUGGAAGAUACAAGCUCCACUUUGGGGCACCUCCCCCUUCCCCAGCUGCUGUUUACGGACCACCCCCCGCCCCAGCGGCAGUCUACGGCCCGCCUCCCUCGCCCUACGGCGCUCAGGGCUGCUCCCAGCUGGCCUACUACCACUACCCGGCUCCCAACAGGCAGGUCGUGCAGAGGCAGCCACAGCCCCAGCCCCAGCAGCGAUACCAACAGGUGGUGGCCAAGGCUCCCCAGCAGUACACCCAAGUGGCCCGGCAGUUUUCUGAGCCUGCCCUGGAACAGGCCGCCUUCACCCAGGCUCUGACCAGCCAGGGCUAUGUGUUCGGAGUACCCUCAUCACAGCUCCAGGUGGCGCCGCCAGCUCCUCCUCAGCCAAUACAGCAGGUGGCCAAGCCAUCCGGACGUUCCAUACCUGCCAGUGCCACUGCCGCUGCCGCAUCCACCGUCUCUGCCAACUCCCUGGAUGCCAACUCCCUGAAUCUCAAGCUGCCAGUGCCCUUUGCUACUGACUUGGCUGGAAAUAAACAUUAUCGCUCAAGAGCUUUAGACAAAACCAACCAACCAAGCAAAAUGUACAAGUUUCUGGUCAUUGCCGCCCUCAUCGCCUGCUCGGCCGCCAAGCCAGGAGUGGUAGCCCCCCUCGCUGCCCCUCUGGCUGCCCCGCUCGCCUACGCCAACGCUCCUUUGUACGCCGCUGGUGGCAGCAGCCAGGUAGAUGUCCGCAACAACUACGACGGCACUCUGUCCUCCUACACCACCGCCCCCUUUGAGUUCACCGCUCCCUACUCCAGCCGCUACGUCUCCGGAAUCCCCGCUGCUCCCGCCGUAGUGGCCAAGUACACCGCUCCUCUGGCUGCCCCAGUUGCUGCUCCUCUGGCUGCUCCAGUUGCUGCUCCUCUGGCCGCUGCUCCCUACACCGCUGCCUACUCCGCUCCUCUGGCCGCCGCUGCCUACUCCGCCCCUCUGGCCGCUGCUGCAUACUCCGCCCCUCUCGCCGCCGCCGCUUACUCCGCCUACCCAUAUGCCUCCCCCUACGCCUCCCCCUACCUGGCCACCCCUUACGCCGCUCCCCUUGCUGCCGCUGCUCCAGCACCAGUGGUUGUCUAAGGAAGCAUCCACCCAUCUUCCCAACAACAUAGACAAAUCUUAAAAAACUGAAUAAAUAAUUAUCGAAUUUUAAAAAACAUAAAAA